CAAUAAUUAUGACGCGGCUGGAUAUAAUUUUAUAAAUAUUUCUUUGCUCAAAACGGUAUUAGUUGCUUUAUUUGAUCGGGCAUCUAACAGUUAGCGGCGCUUUUCUUAAGAUGGCGGACACCAAAACCGAAGUCGUAUUAGAUUAUGAAGCCUUGAAACAUCUGGAUAUCGCAAAAGAUCAGCUCAAAAUGCUAAAGCAAAUAUUUGAUUCGUUCGAUUUGGAGAAGAAAGGCGAAAUUGGCGUGGAAAUGAUUGGGCAAAUCCUGGAUAUGUUGGGUCACCAACUCAACCCUGAAGAACUCGCUAAAAUUAUUAAAGAAAUUGAUGAAGAUGGCAACGGAGUGAUGAGUUUUGAGGAGUUUGCACAUCUGGCAGCUAGAUUCCUGGUGGAAGAAGAGGAAGAUGUAGAGGCCAUCUUAAGAGAAUUGAAAGAUGCUUUCCGGUUAUACGACAAAGAAGGUUUGGGCUACAUUACGGUUGAUUUGCUUAGAGACAUUCUGAAAGAGUUGGACGACAAACUCACCCCGGCAGAUCUAAAUGAAAUGAUUAAGGAAAUUGAUACUGAUAAUUCAGGAACUGUAGAUUGGGAAGAAUUUAAAGCCAUGAUGAUUGGUUGAAAGCUCGCAAACGACUCUCAGGAAAAUUAGGGUGCUGUCGCACUCUUCGUUUAAGUUAAUCAGAUGAACUAUAUUUUUUAAAUUCGAAAAUAAAUAUUUUUUGAUAUUCAA